CGACACUACAAGAAAAUACGAUGAAUAUGAGGAGAGGGUGCAAUCAUACACAAACUCAUACUCACACUCAUACUUUGUGCCACUCAACACUCAAAUGUCGCCACAACUACCUCUGUCUCCUCCCACCAAGAGUCAGCACAAAUGCUCGCAGCCAUCGAUAUUCAGCCUACUAAAAGACACAGACAGUAUUCAAAUAACCAAACAAGCUUAUCACAAUUCUACUAAACAAUCUUACUCGGCCUCAAUCAGUAAUGCGCCAUCUAUACAAAAAUCACAAUCACAGGUUACACUUCCAGCCAUUGCAGCUUCUCUCCUAAUACCACCUUCAGAGCGAGGCUCAGUCUCGCAGGAAUUGCGCAUGUCUCCUCCUACUCCCAUUAAUCGAUACGUCUGUCGAACCUGCCGUAAGGCAUUCUCGCGGCCAUCCGGUCUGCGCAUUCACUCGUACAGUCACACGGGUGAAAAGCCGUUCCGCUGCACCCAUGUGGGUUGCGGCAAGGCGUUCAACGUUCGCAGUAAUAUGAAGCGCCACGAACGGGGGUUUCACAGUGGGAGACCAUUAGCGGUUAUCGUUUGAUUUAUCUUCACGACCUGUUGAAUAUUUUCGAUGUAUUCUUUCUCAACUUUUAUUUUUUCAUUUACAAACAACUCUUGUCAGAUUUACGGAUGACGUUUGUAAAAAAGUGAGCGGGUCAAGCUGUGACAUACCCUGAUGCAGAUUACUACAACAUUAUCUAGAU